AAGACAGGCGGGCACGUCAAGCUGACGUUCAUUUUGUGUUUGUUCUUAUGAUUAUAAGAAUUGUGUUGCUCACAGCAUUUCGGUACUAUACUGUACUAUACUAUCUAUCAAUUCUAUCAUACCAUCGAUUAAUCAACUCUUAGUUUAACCAACUCCCUCAAUUCACUUAACACACACCAUUACGACUGCCUUACUAGAUCUCAAAAUGGCAACCCACUUCAACCUCAACACCGGCGCCCAAAUCCCCGCCAUCGGUCUCGGCACCUGGCAAGACGAAGACGCCCAAGAGAACGCCGUCUACGAAGCCCUCAAAGCCGGCUACCGCCACAUCGACACAGCUCAAACAUACGGAACCGAAAAAGCCGUCGGCAAAGGCAUCAAGAAGAGCGGCGUGCCCCGAUCUGAGAUCUUCCUGACCACAAAGCUGUGGAACAACAACCACCACCCGGCAGAUGUGGGCCCGUCGCUGGAUGACUCGCUGAGGGAGCUCGAGACGGACUAUGUGGAUUUGCUGCUGAUGCAUUGGCCUGUUGCUUGGGAGAGGGGGCCAGAACCGUUCCCUCAGCGCGAUGGAAAGCCUGCUGUUAUUGAUGUUGAUUAUGUUGAUACAUACAAAGCAAUGGAAAACCUCAUCCCAACCGGCAAAGCGCGCGCCAUCGGCGUAUCCAACUUCUCCAAAGCAGAAGUCGAGCGCGUGUUACAAAACAGCCUCGUCGUGCCAGCCGUGCACCAAUUCGAGCGACACCCUUGGCUACAGCAGCGCGACUUUGUCGACUGGCACAAGUCGAAGGGCAUCCACGUCACGCAGUACUCGCCGCUGGGGAACCAGAACGCGCUGUAUCCGCGCGGGGAGGGGAUUGGCCGUUUGGUGGAGGAUCCGGUGUUGGUGGAGAUUGGGAAGAAGUAUAAUAAGAGCGCGGCGCAGGUUGCGCUGGCAUGGGGCAUCACCGGUGGCCAGUCGGUCAUUCCCAAGAGCAAGACUCCCUCGCGCAUCAAGACCAACCUGGAAGGAAACUUCAAGCUGAGUGACGAGGAUGUGAAGAAGAUUAGUGGUAUUGACCGAAAGCUGCGAUUCAACGACAGUAGCUCUGAUUUUGGAUAUAAUCUGUUUAGUGAUCUGGAGGGGAAGAAAUAAGUGUAUAUAGUUUAUGUAGCUGUUUGGGGGUGGUAUUUUUAUAAUUUAUGAUAAACGUUUAUA